UUAUGGCUAUUGUGUUUAUUUAUAGUGACGCUCUAUGCGCUGACACUGGUGCAGUGCCUCAGCCUGCCCGAUCCGAAUGUGAAGUGCAACAUGGAGUGCGAUACGCAGGAGAAUCAAUUUAUAUGCGCGGCGGAUGACAAAGGAGUCACCAAAACGUAUCGCAAUGUUUGUAUUAUGAAGACUGAGAAUUGCCUCCAGAAUGCAAACUUUCAGAAGAUCAGCGACAAGGAAUGUCCAUAGAUGCUAGAGCCAAGUCCCAGCUUUGACAGUGCGCAGAUUUAGAACGAUGACAAAAUUCAUCAAACUUUCAGUUCUUGCGUGGUAUUUGUGUGUGAUAUUUUUAAGUUGUGCUGCAGCAGAAUACAAAACACGCCCCUCUCUUUAAAGCCCCUUACCCUACCAUAUGCCCCAUCCCAAGCUACAAAUAUGUAAUACAUAUUAAUGAU